AUGGACCAAAGCUUGGUUGACGGAACGGGGACCGUACCAUCCAUCGGGACUGCCGAUAUACCAACAUACUUGUGUUGGAAUCAAGAAAAACACCAGCACUGUGGAAAGGAUAUCCUUUUACAAAACACGGAAAGCGGUGCGACGCAGAAGAGAUACAUAGCUGCAGUGAUUGUUGUCAGCCGCAGCCACAGCCACACAACCUCCGUGUCUUUGUUUCAAACCAAAGGCGUUGUUGAUACCAAUCCUGCAUCGGUCGUCUCCCGACGGCAACACGCGCGUCUCGGGAAUAUUACGCGUGACAAAUCUAUAAUGGUCAAGGUGCGACGCAUACCAAUCCGCUCCCAUCGUGGCAUCGACGGUGAACGCGGAAAACAACGAGAACAAUUCCCACGGCAAUCACCCGACGCCCAGGAUUCCGCUCUGCGUACCUUACUAGGGUUGCACCGAAAGCCGGAAGAUUUAUCCUGCUACCCGCUUGUGGGUAGUACUGUUACUUGUUCGCGCGGAGAUAAUGACGAUGUUCCUUUUCCAACGGCGUGUGACGCAUUGCGGUUCCGUCUCGAAGCAUUGGCACUGUAUCAUCGUACCCCAUUGGAAAUUGCAAUGCCGGAACACGGAUCCCUGUCUUCGUCGACACAUCAUUGUAAGAGCACCGCCGGAACGGCACAGAGUACCGCACGAGUCCGUGCAAUCAUGGCCACGUGUCCACAAAACGACUGCGGCUUUUGUGUGGAAUCUCGGCCCAUUCGCCGACACCGUACCGAAUGCCAAGAAAUUGUCGAUUGGCAGCCGCACACGUGCUCCGGUCCUGGUACGAACAUCAUUACGACAAUUUUCUCCGACCGGAGUAGGCUGGCGGUCGAGGGCUCCGAUGGUGGUACAAUUACACUUUGGACGGACGUCGACUUUUGGUGUCGUAUUGUCCGUACUUGCCCCAUUUUAUCCGCCGAAUGUGGUCGGAACGGUGGUGUUUCCUUGGUACGACUGCAGGCAGUAUUCCAAAAACGUUACGGUAUGGUGCUGCCACCGUCCACCCGCGAAUUUCGUCAAACUUGGAGUCGCGUCCGCGAACAGCGUCAUCGUCACAGCAUCCAAAACCACGUCCACUCCAUAACUGUGAAACCAGCAGACCAACAGCAGCAACAGCCAGACCGGCCGUUAACCGGAACACCUACGCCAACUCCCACGAAAAUCACAACUGAAACCUCUUCUACGCCUUUGGCGUCCACAAGGUCCCAUUACCACCCCGCUCGGUCACACAAGCGCAAGCGUGUGGCCUCACCGGUGAGCGUUUUGGAAUCCUGGAUCUCCUCAACGACGACCCUAUCAAUACGGACACUGCCACCGAACAAGCUACGACGCCAAUGGCAUUCUUUCUCGUCCACAUUGCAGCGCGCCGUCUCACCGGGUGGUCUAUGGCAAGUAUUUGCCAAAUCGCCGGCCACCGCAUCAAAGGUAGCCGUUCCCGCAGCACAUGCUGGGGGCGGUCCAUCUAGCUCAGUUUCGAAGGAGACCCACACGCGAUCGAACCUUAAUACGAUGCCAGAGUCAAUGGGAGUGGCGCAGAAGCCGACGAGGCCUACUAAAGAGAACACUUCUACCUCCGAAAGUCACGGCAUGAUGGGAGCAGAAUUCCAACGAUCUCUCGAAAACAGCGCGGAGCUGGAUACAAAGGGUUCGGCUGAAAUCUCUAGCGACUCGACAACUCCAAAAGACUCACUCAAAAAUAGCCAACGUGAAAGUGGGGGAAAGAUGCGACGGACAAAUAGCCGUCGAAACAGUGAUCGAGUUGCCGGUGGGUCAUUGCGUAUUGCACAUGAAUUACCCUCGUCCACAAGCAGUACAUCAGGACGCUCCACCAAGGAUGUACCGGAGUAUGUCGACCUCGAAUCAGCACAUAUCAAUGAAGCGAAACUCACAUCAAAAAGUUGUUCUACGAAUGGACAAAAAGGAAGGACUCGGCAUACCGCGGCAGCUGGGCGUACCGCUCAUCUGCGAAAUAGCCACCGACGAUCCCGAUCGGAGCACUCUGGUGGAAAGACAAAGCACCAAUAUUCACCUGAAGAGGAUCAAGCCGUAGCUACUGGUGAUACUCAUCCUCGUCGAGUUAGCCUACGACGAACUGCUCGCACACGUCUAGAAGACUGUGUCCCUGUUUUAAAGAAUGUUUCAGAUACAAUUACGAUGGAUAGUCCGAUCAACGAAAUCUCCCAGCCAAAGCGUCGGCAUCGAACAAAACAGUGUAUUACUGUCCCACCAUUUUGCCACAAAACGCGUGUUGGGCAGUCGCUAACGAAACCGAAUGACACAGGUGAAGCGCUUACGAUACCAACGUUUGAAGAUGUUAAGUUGAUUCUGAUGAAGGCCGGAUAUACAUUCGCUUCGAAAUUUUUCGCUCGACCGACGAGCUGCGGCCGACAGCGAGUGUACGGCCUUGAAUGGUUCGAUAGCGAAAUGGCUUUCCGUAAGCACCUUUGUGCCUUCGGCGUGGGCGGGGAUUGUAAUAAAUGGGACAAAUGGGAAAAGGCACUGGUGGAGAGAUGGGUCCGGUAUGACAUUGUGGAUGUUAGCUGUUUUUCUCGAGAGUUGAACACAUACGACCUUAUCACACCCCACCGAGCAAUGCAGUUACUGUAUCGCCUUGGUUGUUGCUUGCGUUGCUUCAACCCUCAAGAUUUGUACGUUCUCCCUGAGGUGAAAAAGGGUCAGGAAAUACUUGGUAUAAAUUCAUUUUACAACGAAAAUGAUCUGUGCGUCCACCUGGCUCGUUUUGGAUUGCCUCGUUCUGAAAAAACAAAGCUGAUGGACAGCCGUGAUAUCUUGAGCUUACAGCUUUUUCUUUCGGAACCUGGUGAUCUACUCGACACUUUCGAGAGAAUGGAACAAGUUUCUGUGGACUACGCUACCGCCGCACACAGGAACGCAGCAUGCUUUGAUAGACAAAGUACUGGAGGAGUUCAACACGACGGAACUUCAUCCCUUCCCACUUCCAGUCGAAAAUACGCUUCUGUGCACCCGCAAAUCAAAGAAACAACGCCUUUCUAUGUUGUCCCAAUGAAAAAACGCACUACUGCUCUGGGUUCGUUGCUUUUCCGAGAAUAUGACGCACUCGUGGCAUUGAAGCAGUGCGAGGGUGUCAAUUUUGGUGAAAGCUGGCUUUCUGCAGUUGCCGCGAUUGAGACGAAGUGUGACGAGAUUGAGCAGCAUUACAAUUUCGAGUCCAUGAAGAAAGCUGUCAUUUCAGCAGAGUCCAAAGAGUGGCAAAAGUUUGAAAGAGAAAUGGGUGCUAAAGAAGACCAAGAACGAUAUGUGCGAAAGGAAGAUGAGGGGAUAGAAAACAGCGUCUUCGGUCGACGCAUGGUGUCCGGUCAAACGACAAAGGCAACUGAGCCCGAAAGCAUCUCGUUUCUUGGAAAGGCCGUUCAGCAGUCUAUGCUGUUUGAGAAAAGGCAGGAACGGUCACCUCGCAAACGUGCGGCGGGCUUUGUACUGCCCGGAGAGCGGAUAAACAGGACGGAUCAGCUUGUACCAGGCUUCCGCAAGCUGGAUCUAUACGAUACCUGCCUCACCUUCGACAAUGACAGCAAUGCCAAUUCGUGCAACUGCACAGGUCGGACGUUAAAAACUAUGGCAAGAAAAGAGGCUUCAUAUAUUGCUUUGCGUGAAAUCAAGGCUGCCAUAUCCUUUCUUAUUGACUAUGAUGACGCUCAGUCAAAAGUUUAG